AUGAAAUUCUGUUCUUUUCUCUUCCUUCUCAUUAAGUCGUAUUUCUUUUUUCUUUUUCUUGUUCGAUCUUCUUUCUCACUUUCAUUUUUACUUAUUUCUCUCCACCUAGAAUUUUAUUUCUCAAUUUUAUUUCCAUUUUCUUUCCUCCUCCUCAACAAAAUUUUCUUUCUUUUUCCUUUUCACUUUCUCUCCCCGUCAAUAAAUUUCUUUUUCUUUAUUACUUUCAUUUUCACAACCUCCACACUAAAAAUUUUUCUUUCCUACUUUAUCCCCUCUCACUAUAAUGUUCUUUCUUUCUUUCUUUCUUUCUUUCUUUCUUUCUUCCUUUCUUUCUUUCUUUCUUUCUUUCUUUCCCCCUCACUAAAAUGUAGCCUCUUACUUGGAGUGAAUGGAUCUAUCUAUCUAUCUAUCUAUCUAUCUAUCUAUCUAUCUAUCUAUCUAUCGCAAAAGUUUCCUUUUUCAUCAUGCACACACGCGGCCAAUAUGUACAAAGACAGAUAA